ACAAUCUCGCCAGUCACCAAUUGCUUUGCCUCGCGUCUUCCCCCCUCUGCAACUUCCUUCUUUAUCAAUUUUUCUCUCUCCUAGGGUUUGAGCUCUUCCCUGUUCCUAGCACUUCCUCUGUCUUUUUCUUUUGUUGUCUCUGCAAUGGCGCAAGAGGAGGGUGCUAAUGGUGCUCCGACGAAGGAGAUGGUGAAUUUCUCGGCGUUCAAGCUGCAGUUGACGGUGGAGGCUCCCAAAGCCGCCGACGCGGUUCAGUUCUACAAGUCUGCGUUUGGUGCUGUGGAGAUCGGCCGUUCUCUGCACCCUAAGCGCAAGGCAGACCAAGAGCUCCCUCACAUCCUCUCGGCUGAGCUUCAACUCGCUGGCUUUACGUUCCUCGUUUCCGACGCCUCCGGUGACUCUGCUACUUUCGGGAAGACCGAGGGACACUCCAUGGCGCUGUGCCUCGAGACCGAAGACGUGGAAGGCGCCGUCGCCAAAGCUGUUGCCGCCGGAGCUGUGAAGGACGGAGAAGUGGUUGAGGGAGAAGCCGGGGCGUGCUGCGGCGAAGGCGUCCAGGGAAAGGUCAAGGAUCCGUACGGCUUUGCCUGGAUCGUCUGCUCUCCGGCGAAGAAGGCCGAAACCGUGGAGGCCUAAUCACCGUCCGAUCCGAUCUAACCGAAACCUAUGACGAUGAUCUUGUUGCUUUUUUCAAUGUAAUCUAUGUGGGACACAGCUCUAGUAAAUGCCUCUAGUAACUCGGUGUUUUAGGCUAAUUUCAGUAUUUUGACAAAAAUUACUCCAUGGUGACACCUUUCGGAUAGCGGGUGGAGAUUUUACUCUAAAUUUCUAUGGUUUAUUGCUGCUGGUUGUGUGAUUUUACCGUUUUGCC